UACGCCCCGCUCAGCAUGAAGAGCUGGCUGGAGUCGGUGGGCGGCAUGGACGAGGCGGCGCUGUCCUGCAUGCUGGCCGAGCCACGGGAGGCGCUGCUCCCCAUUAGAGGGAGGGAGAACUUGGCACCGAAGAAAAGCAGAGACCGGUCGCUGGAGCCAUGCUCCCUGUCAGAAGAAGCGUACCUAUCCAGCUCUGGCGGCUCUCCCUGCGCCGGCCUGUCCCGGGAAGAGCGGCGGCGGCGGCGGCGAGCCACGCUCAAGUACCGCACCGCCCACGCCACCAGGGAGCGCAUCAGGGUCGAGGCCUUCAACGCUGCCUUCGGAUCUCUGAGGAGACUGCUCCCAACCCUGCCGCCUGAUAAGAAACUGUCCAAAAUUGAAAUCCUCAGGCUCGCUAUCUGCUACAUUGCGUAUUUGAAUCAUGUGCUCGACGCUUGAGUUUUUGUUGCGGUGUUUUGUAAAUGUGUUGUAAAUCUAUGUCUUCCUUUUCUUUUAAGAGUCUGUGUAUGGACAUUUGAUAAAGACGGCAAAGCGCUAACUGAUGUAAGAAAAUUAUAAAAGUUGGCAAACUACAGUAGUUGGCAUCUAGCUAAGUAAUUCUCAUUGUUUAUUUGUAAAAAGGUAAGAUUAUUAAGUUAUGGAAGUAUUUUUGUUUUGAUUUACUAAGCAAUAAAUUUAUUCUAGUCAAAUGAAUCAUAUCGAAU